UAUUAGACCGUAACCGUGGUUGUGUUGAUGUUGUGUAUCAUUGAAUCAUUGUAUGGUAAUGGCGUUGCCAAAGAACAGUAACUUAUCAUUGGCUUUAGGUUUAGGAGCAGCAACUGCUUUAGGUUUAUUAGGAUUCAGGUAUUUAGCGAAACAGAGGAAAUCUCGGGGACUUGAUGCGCAAAACGCUGUAUUAAAUGUGUGAAACGAAGCGAGCAAUGUGCAAUUAUGACACGUGCGUUUUCCCACCUGCUCGUCCAUCUUUCUGCGAAAUUAUGCACAGUGGCGUGCAUGCAUGCGAUACCAGAAUUGAAUACACCAUCUGUUUUCAUCAAAAAUAGACAGCAAGUGGAAGGCAUAAUACGGCAGCUAGUAGCUGGUGGGCCAGAAAAACUGCAGGUCAUAGCAGAUUUUGACCACACUCUGUCAAAGCAUUCUCAUGAGGGCCAAAUAAUUGCCACCUGCUUUGGAAUUCUUGAAAACUCCUCAGCGAUGCCGCAAAUUUACAAAGAUCAGGUUACCCAGUUGAAGGAAAUCUACUAUCCAAUAGAAUUCUGCCAUGAAAUGACAAACCAAGAAAAAUACCCAUACAUGGUAGAGUGGUGGACCAAAGCACAAAGCAUUUUUGUGCAGUGCGAACUAUAUAAAGAGACAAUUACAGAAAUGGUGGCACAGACAAAGUGCGUGCUCAGGGAUGGCAGCGAACGGCUGCUGUAUAAGCUCUAUAAGCAUGGGGUUCCCCUGCUAGUGUUUUCAGCUGGAAUUGGUGACAUCUUGGAGGAGGUGAUGAGACAGAAGUCAACGAUGCACGAUAACGUGAAAGUAGUUUCAAACUACAUGGAGUACAAUGGAAAUGGCAAGGUUAUUGGAUUUAAAGGCAACCUGAUUCACACCUUUAGCAAGAACGAAUCUGCGAUCGAGAACUCUGACUACUUUGAGAAGCUGUCCCACCGUCACAACAUCAUCCUAAUGGGAGACAGUAUCGGUGACUGCCACAUGGCUGAUGGUUGUCCGAGUCCAGAGGCCACGCUCAAAAUUGGAUUUCUAAAUCACGGGGUGGACAGGCUGCUAUCAAAGUACCAGGAUUUAUAUGACAUCGUAUUAGUGCAGGAUGGAACCAUGGAUGUGCCAACUGCUAUCAUCAAUCGAAUAUUCUGAGCUGCACUCGUUCUUUUAUGCGAACGAAAUAUUUUCUGUUGUGUUAGACACUGUGUUAUAUGUAAUAUAUGUAUAAUAGACACAUUUCAAAUCCACCAUUAGUGCUUGCUGAUAAAUACUGUUUUUAUUGCAUGAUAUACAUUUAAAUACCUUAUCAUCUGGAUGCAUAAUAGAGCUCAUAGGGUCUAUGUCCCCCAGGGUACUGCCGGAAUGUACCCUGGGUACGGUCCGGUAU